GGCCAUGGAUUUGACAAAUUUCCAGACGUUUCGCUUGCAUCAUUGUCGGCAUCACUGGCGGGUCUUACAAGUCUCAGCACCAAGUUACAAUUCGUCAAAUGGGCAAUUAAAGUCAAUCACUUGAACAACUUGCUGCCAAGCAGUUGCGUUCUCACUUCUCCUUCUGUUCAAGCACAUCUGCCUACUCUCCAUGCCCUUAUCUUCCGCGUGCUUUAUCACAACCCAGAGGAUGUGUUCUUUUUGGCGAGUUUAGUUUGGCGUCAUCUACUUCGCCUCCCCACUCCUCGAUUUUCUCAUCCGAUCCAGGCCUCUAACACCAAUCUUCUUUAUGGGCACGUAGAUUAA